UUGAAAUUGAAAAGGGCACUUUUCGCGAAGCUAAGGUGGCCCUGCUUCUUCCACUUUGGCGCUUUUCUUUCAAAAUUUCGGAACCGUAACUGAAAAAUCUGUAGAUACAGCCACAGCUUCGAAUUCAUGGAAAUGGAUGCUCCUCUAGACUUCGAGUCGGAAGACCCACUUCUCAGUUCCCCAGUCGCUCUCAAGAAAAGGAAAAAGAUUAUAGGGUUAGAUGAUCUUCUGACUGAUCACUACAAGGAUAAGUGUAAAUUGGUUGAGAAAGAAGCUAAACUGGCAAAGAAGAAAAAGAAAUAUGAUUCGGAUGAUGAUGAUUUUGGCAAAGAGGCCGUGGUGACCCAAGUUGUUGAUCAAUGUCAAAAUAAGAUGAAUCAAUUGGGAGGUGAGGAAGAUACAUCUAUAUGGGGGUUAGUCGUUUUUGGAGAGCAGAAACCCCCACCAGCUUUGGAAAGUCCUGAACUCGAAAGUUGCCAAUUUUUGCAAACGUUCCUAAAUAAUGAAGUUAAUUCUUUGGUGAAUCUCACUGUGGAGAAAGGUGAUGCAUUCCUUGAAGGUUUAUUGGUAAAUGGUUGGCUGUCAACACUUGUUUCUUUAACAGGUCGUGCAGAGAAAUCACUUGCCAUAUGGACUUUCAAUUUAAUUUAUUUUCAUAUUUCAGUGUUAUAUUCAUCAAGAGAAGAUCUAAGAACAUCAGCUUGUGAUUUCUGGAAGGAUAUCAUGUUAACAACAAAUGAGGUUGGGCAACAUCUUCAGAUUGAUUGGUUUCCAAACUAUGCUCAAUUAGGAGAAGCUCUUGAGACGUAUGGAUAUAGAUUUGAAUGCUCAUUAAACCCUGGGUUGAUCCACACUGGUUCUGGACGUGGUGGGCCACCUCAGAAUAUAAGGGCUUGGAUCAAGUUUAUUACUAUUUGUUGUCAAACAAAGAAUAAAAAGAAUAUCUUUACAUCUUCUGAAGUUGAGCGGCUAGCUGAAGCCAUUAUUUGUUUAUUUCUGGACCGCCAGUUUCAAGGCAUAACCGAGCUCUUAUGUGAAUGCCUGCAAUCACUUAUCCAUUACUUCACAGAUGAAGAAUGGAAAGCAUGUUGUGAGAAAAUAGCAAAAUCUCUAGUCUGCAGAAUUCCUAUGGAUCUAAACUGUUUACGAGCUGUGGAAUGCAUUUCUGGAGUUGAUCCCCGCAGUAAAUAUCUGAGGAGUACAGUUGCCUAUCAAAUUCUUCUUUUUUGCUUUAAAAAAGAGGCUACUAAUGAAGAAGAGGUUUUGAGAGUAGUUACUUCCAUCACCGUGAAGGAUAAAAAUUGUGACCUAUUUAAGCUGUACAUUUACUUGGUGUUGACGGAGAACUGGCUUGUCGGUGGUCGAACGUGUGAAGGCAAGCCACUAACUCGUGAAAUGUGGGGUCUGUUUCUCAGAAACUGCUCCUGCCAAAUUGCCAGUACUGAUUUGAGGUCGUAUGCAUCAAAGGUUCGUAACAAAGCUUCCUAUAUCUUGCAAAGCUCUUUCGACGAAUAGAUUUUGAUGCAUCAUCCCUCUGGCUCUGCAUUUGCUUGCUGACAUGAAAUACUGAAAACUAAUGAACAGGUCCGUCUAAUUAAUUCACUUUGUACAGCCAACAGGUACUCUUUUUUAAUCCAUUUACCAAUGUUAAAAUAUCCACUUCAUCAAGUUACUGAGUUAUUUUCUUGGAAUGGAGCAUUAUUAGUAUUAAAAAAUAUGAACGAAUUAUAUGUACAACGGAUUGAUGAUUAGGGAGCAACCAGUGUAGGGGUUUUGGGUGCAAAAUCAAAUGAGUGGAAAGGACUCGAGGAACCCUGAAUUUGAUGAAUCAGGCACAUUAUAAAGUUAAUGAUAUAGCCAGUUUUAUUGGAAUA